GGAAGAGCUAACCACGUUCAUCUGGACCUCUAGAAGUCUAGAGGAAAAAGACUCGCGAAGAUGGGGGCAAUAGAUCGGACAUCGGAAUUCCAGAAAAUUCUGGAGAGCGUGGGGGUGAACCUCGCAGUUGGAAAGGGUAUUUUAUUUAGCUUUUAUGGAAGGAAGUUUACCGUGACGUCCGCAACAGAGUAGAACAUCAACAAGACAUCUAAAUUUUUCAAUAAGCAGCCAAAACUACAAACCUCCCAACUCAACCACAGCAUCCUCGAGUACAGCUGGAGCUUCUAGUAUCUAUGUGGUCUCAUCGGAGAUCGGACGCGACAUACAGGAUAUGCAGAACCAGAUUGACGAACUCCGAAAAGUCGCGAAGAAGAAGAAUAUCUUCGACGACAAAAGUUCACGGAGUGAUCAACUGAUAGUGCAGAUAAAACAGGUAUUACUAUUAUGACAGCUAAGUGAAGUUAAAUAACCUACAAUCUAAUUCAGACUCCAUUCUGACAGCUAUUUUUAAUACAACUUCACAGUGUUGAAAUGUCAUCGAUGUUCAAUCACCUACUUUUUGCUUCUUUUACAAAAACUUUCCACAUAGAAAAAGUAGAUCUUCUAUCAACAAAAGCAACCUUCAGACGCAUAUCAAUGCCAACUACUUCCCAUUCCAGAUGUGCGAGCAAGUGGAGCAGAAGAUUCAGAAAUUAGACCAGACUGCGAUACGAGUAGGCGGCGGGAAGCAAGCUUCAGAGGCGGCAAGAAAUGCCGUUGAAGCCCUCAAACUACGGCACAAAGACAUUACGCUAGAUUUUUAUCGCGUUUGUGAGGAGAGAAACAAAGCAGCUAUGGCCAUGCAGAAGCAGAGGGAGCAGUAUUCAGGUGGCACAUUGCGACCAGCGGCGAAGAGCAUUAGAGGUGCGGACUUUUUUGACGGAGGCACGGAGAUGGCUACUAUGGGUGGGGAGAGGGAUGGCCUAAUGCAAAGAGGCCAGUCUAGGAUAGAUCCUAUGUAUGCUGAUAGUCGCGCGGAAGCUAUGCAGACAGUUCAAAGGGCGAUUGCGGAUGUUGGUAUUGCUUAUAACUUACACUUACAUCUUAUCGUGUUUUAUUGUGCUGUAGAAGUGGUUCUUCAUUUUGAAGACAUUCUCCUGAUACUUGUUGAUUCUCAGUCCUUCCCCACGGACCCUUUCUCUCAGGUCAAAUGUUUAAGCGCAUGCGUGACUUGAUCCACGAGCAGGACUACGCAAUAAUGCGGAUAGACCAGGACGUGACAGAUACUCAAGAAAAUCUAGAACACGCAGAAAAAUCUCUCCUGACAUACCUGGACUCUAUAAGUUCGAAUCGCAUGCUCAUAAUCAAGGUUUUUGCGAUAGUCAUAACGUUUAUUAUUAUUUUCAUCGUGUUUUUGUCCUAGAAGAUGAAAAUAGAAACAAACCUAACAAUUGCCUCCUGCUCUACCCAGUUAUGUUUAUCCUCCCAAACCGAAAUUAAUCCAUCAAAUAUUGUCGGCCUUCAAUUUCCUUAAUUGAUCCUUGUAGAUCCUGCUCCUAAUUCUAUGUAUAUAGCUUUCCCCUUCCGCUCCACAACCAUACCUCCCAUUCUUCGCAGCUAGUAUGCAAAAACCUACUUCAACACUCACCUAUUAACUUCAAACACGAAGAUCGACGAACUGUAAAUAAAUAAUCAACGCGCAGUGCAAUUUCAAACUGAUACGCUCAAAGAUCAAACCAGUGGGGUCUAAGACUUUUAUGAAACCUGUCAAACAAGCUCUUUGAAACCUGUCUAAGAUAGUGCUUCAGAUGAAAUUAAAUCAACAAGCAAGCUCAGUCAGAUGAACAACACGCACAAGAUCUCGAAAUCUAUCAGAAAGCUCUCCGAAUAAAAUCUCUGUGUUGAUCUAUGUAUACCCCGUUGUGGAUACAAAGACUCAACGUGAACGAAUGUAACAGAAAAUCCAAGGGUUAUUGCCCUGUGAAUGAUAGAUCAAUUGAAAUUGGAUGCAGAAAUUUUCUAGUAUACGCUCACCCUGUCAUAAGUGAGCCUCCUCCUAUCCUAUCCUACCGAAAGGAGUUCUAUUGCUG